GUUUGUUUGUCCGUCUUUCUCAUUGUUCAUACACUAAAGCUUUUGAAUCGCCUUUGUUCCAGGGACUUCUCGACUGCUUCCCCACUUCUGAAGCACAUAAAAGGCAUGCUCCGAUGACCCAUGCCGUUCUGUCCUUCCAUGACAACCGACGUUCCUCCUUUAUCAUCAUGCCCCCCUACGUAUAACACCGGCCCGGUGGAUUGCUCCCAGGACGUGGACUGCAGCGCCUUGGCAGGCCAAACCGCCAUAGUGACAGGCGGUGCCAAUGGCCAUGGUGAAGCCUAUGUCCGGGCCCUCGUUGCAGCCGGAGUCUACUACAAAAUCCGUCCCCUGCUCAACCGGAUUCACUACAUCAUCGCCAACGCCGGCAUUCACCGCGUCGAUGAAAUCUUCCAGCCGGGACCGCAAACCACCCCCUAA